UCAUCGAUGACACAGCUAUCGCAUAAAAAGAUCCAGUUCCGUUCGGUGGUUCAACUACAAACAAUCAUCGAGCCGCAGUAGUCAAUCUUUUGCUCAGUGCGUGCACGGAAAUAACAAGAAAACAUUACGUAUCAGCAGCAAUAGCAGCAUCGUAGGGGCCAAGAGCAGAAGCAACGAAAAAGAAAGAUCUAAAAAUAUUUUAAUCGUCGUACGUCGAAUAUUUUCAUAGACAGAGCUUUAAUUGACAAAACAACGCACUAAUAAACGCGAAAAUGGUAUUAAAAGUCUACGUCAGCGGCAUGUCCGGCAACAAGGAGGUUAAGAAGCGCCAACAGCGCGUCCUGAUGAUCCUCGACAGCAAGAACAUCCAGUAUGACACCGUGGAUAUCACAGAGCCCGGCAAGGAGGGAGAGAAGGAGAUGAUGCAGAACAAAUCUACCAGCAAUGGCGGCACUGUCAGCGACCCCGAUCCCCGGCACCCGCUCCCUCCGCAACUAUUCAACGAUGCGGAAUACUGCGGCGAUUACGACGCCUUCGACAACGCCAACGAGAUCGACACCCUGGAGGUGUUUCUAAAGCUGGCUCCCGCCGACACCACGGCCGUGAGCAGUGCCCAGAUCGAGCUUAAGCAGGAGAACGGCGAUGCCAAGAAGGAUGAGAAGGAGACAGAAAAGGAUGAGGCUGCACCCGCGGACGAGGCUGCUGCAGAGGCCAAUGGCGAGGCGGGGGAGAAGGCAGAGCGACAACUUUCUGUAACGACAACAGCAACAACAGCAGUUGCAGCAGCCCCCCCAUCUGUCGACCAGCCCACAACAGCCUCUGACCGGCUAUUGGAAAGCGAGCGUGUUGCGACUGCGCAGUAGACGACAGCAGAGGGGCAGGCAGGCAAGGCAGUCAACAGCAGCGAUUUAUUUAUGUGUAUCUUCCGACUGCGCAGCCUGGAAUGUGGAACUCGUUUGCGCUUCGAAUUUAUUUUGGAAAUUAUUAUUAUUUUUUUCAGUGUUUUUUUGACCACAAAAAUAUUCAGUAAACGAACGGGUACAUGAUUUACGUUUCUCAUUUUAGUUUUUGUAUCCAAAUAACUAAAUAUACAGUACAUUAUAAUUAUGUUUAGUACAGUA